AUUAUCAAAUUUCUUUUCGAAUUGCUCCAACGCGGGCAUGAAAUCCUUUUGUAAACAAGGGUGCCAAGUGUAAAUCCAUUAUAAUUUGUGCAGGUUAUUGUGUCUCACCGCAUCUGCCAUUCCAUUGGAUUGUACGCUCGAUUUGUUUUCAAUAGUCUCUCAUAGAGACGCUAUUGUGUUUCAUUUUCAUUUGAAGUUGUUGAAUUUAGUCGCCGUCAGGCAAGUAAUGAUGGAUCAGUGAGACGCUAACAGCAAAACCGCAAGUUGAGCUCUGAAACCUCACGGUUCUUGAGAAAGAAAUUUCAGUGCUGUGGGGAAAUGUUUAUAACUGUCCGUUAUGGUGACGGCGAAGAAUCUAUCUUUAAUCCAAACUGUCGAACAAACAUUCUCUUAGAGGAUAUCAAAAGGCGUUGCAACUGCACAAAAGAUGCCACAGUAGAUUUGAGUGAUGAAUCAGGAAAUCUCAAGUAUCUAGCCAAUCACCCCAUGAGUUAUGCAACAGAGAUACUAAAAGAACGAGAAUCACUGGUGUUAAUAAGAGUAGAAAAAAAAAGCGAAGCUGAAGGUGAUAGUUACACGCCGAUGCUGAAUGACAUGAUUAUAGUAACUCCACAAUUUUUAGAACGUCUUUCGAGAUGUGAGAGUGACAGUUUGAAUGCCAAGAAUUCCCUUGCCAAACCAGUCCGAGUGAACAGUCCUUUGACUAAACGACAGACUGGACUACAAGGAAAAACCAAAACAUCACUAACAUCAACAUCAGGCAGAGGUAAAAUAUCAUCCAGAGAAAAAACCCCGUCACAGAAGCGAAACGGUAAAGACACGAGAUAGGCAAGGAGGAAAUGAAAUAGCUGCUGAUAUAAAAAUGUUAUGAAAUACCAAAAUUGAGAAAGUUCGAAAUUAAAGCUAUCAGGUUCUCUCACUUUCUCGAGAAGAAAGUACCUAAAACCUAUUGUCUUUAUUUUCGUUUUGAUCUGAUUUAUAGCUGAGGGAAAUGCACAGAAGGAAGUGUUUUACAAAUAAAUGUCGUGGAAAAUACGACAAAUUUGUGCAA